UGAUCUGAGGACUCCCAUAGAGCCUUGCGAACACAGCUUCCGUCCCUUAGUUGAUUCACGUGGAAUUGAAAAUGAGGCCGCUCACUGAUGAAGAGACCAAGACUAUGUUCGAGAAGUUGUCUAAAUACAUCGGGGAAAAUAUCAAGCUGCUUGUAGAUCGACCUGAUGGGACUUAUUGCUUCCGGUUACACAACGAUCGUGUGUAUUAUGUGAGCGAGAAGAUCCUUAAGUUGGCAACAAAUAUUGCUCGAGACAAGCUUGUGUCUCUGGGAACUUGCUUUGGAAAGUUUACCAAGACCCUGAAAUUCCGUCUUCACGUCACUUCUCUGGACUAUUUGGCUCCAUACGCAAAGUAUAAGGUUUGGGUAAAACCAGGAGCAGAACAAUCUUUCCUUUACGGUAACCACGUUUUGAAGUCUGGCCUCGGUCGUAUCACAGAGAACACUGCUCAGUACCAGGGUGUGGUGGUGUACUCUAUGGCUGAUGUUCCCCUAGGAUUUGGUGUUGCUGCAAAGUCCACACAAGAAUGCAGGAAGCUUGACCCAAUGGCAAUUGUGGUUUUCCACCAAGCAGAUAUUGGAGAGUAUAUCAGACAUGAGGACACCCUUACGUAAUCUGCACAGCUCUCACUUGACAGCUCUGUUCCAGAGAGCUAUAUCAUGGACUCAUCCUACAGACGUCUAGGGACUAAACACAGCCCUUUGAUGGCCCUAAUAUCUGGGAGGUGCUUACAUUGUAAGCUUCACCUUUUGUUGCACAGCUCUCCAUGAAUUUUGACCAGUUUCCAUGUUGUCUGUGGACUAGCUUUUAUCACCAAACGGCUUUGGUUUAUUACAGACUUUUAAAAUCUACCAUAUUUUACAUGUUAUUAAAUGUAGCAGAUUAUAUUGGCUA